UGAUGCGAUCACAUGCAACAACCCAUGAAGCGGCGGCUCAUCUCUCUUUUAUUUUGAAAACCGACACGCAAAAUGAAGCAGUCACGUGACCCAUGCAAUGUGAGGCAUAGUUUGUUGUCAGUCACGUGGUUUUCAGCAAGUUUACUCAAGCCUAGAAGCGGGGUUUAAUCGGACAAGCUCCCUUAUUACUCGGUACGCGCCUCGACGCCUGGCUUCAGGUGGCCCAUCACUAGCGGACCGUAUUGGCGUUUGGGUCCAGAGUCCUGACAAGAAAACUCUAUGGCUGCCCGAAAACGAAAACAACCUGAGAGCCCGAAGAAGCAACGGAAAAGACACGUAGCGGCUCUGAUUCUGGCUAGAGGGGGAAGCAAAGGCAUCCCGCUGAAGAACAUCAAGCUGCUGGCCGGGUAUCCUCUGAUCGUCUGGGUGCUGAGAGCCGCCAUCGACUCGAAAGCGUUCAACAGUGUUUGGGUGUCAACAGACCAUGAUAAGAUAGGAAAAGUUGCAAAAUCCUUGAGGGCCAAAGUCCACCGGAGGAGCGAAAAAGUCUCCAGGGACAACUCCACUUCCUUGGAGACAAUCCAGGAGUUUCUCAAGAAACACCCAGAGGUGACAGUGGUCUGUAACAUCCAGGCUACGUCUCCGUGUCUCCAUCCAUCUCACAUAAAGAAUGCCCUGAAGAAGAUCACAGAGGACGGAUACGACUCCGUCUUCUCCGUGGUCCGGAGAUACCAGUUCCGCUGGAAGGAGGUCGAGAAAGGAAGUGAUGAAUGUACUGAGCCAGAGAAUCUGGACCCGGCGAAUCGUCCAAGGCGUCAGGACUGGAAUGGAGAACUGAUUGAGAACGGUUCAUUUUACUUUGCCACCAGAGACCUCAUCAUGAAGGAAGGACGGCUGCAGGGCGGUCGGGUUGCCUACUUUGAGAUGGAGCCGCAGCACAGCGUGGACAUCGACAUGGACAUCGACUGGCCUUUGGCAGAGCAGAGAGUACUCAGGUACGGUUACUUUGGCUGGGUAGUGUCUCUGAUCCUCUUUGAAGUUUCUGGAUGUUUGACCAAUGGACGGGAAGCGUCCUCUGCUAAGAGCAGAGACACAGAACGUCUCAGUGUCUCCAUCCACAGCAGAGACAGAUCAGGACUCAGGAAGCUGCAGAAAGACGAUGUGGAGGUGGUGCUGGUGAUCUCCAAAGAAGAUGUUGUGCUCCGACAGAUGGAUAAACUGAAGGUGAUGACGGGCUGUGAAGUGAUGGUAGUCGGAGAGGAUCCACUGAAAGAUGUGCAGUCGAUGGUGGAGAAGAGGAAGCUGGACUGGAAGGAGGUGGCUUACAUGGGCUGCAAAGCAGUGUCCGAAAGCUGUCUGCGGUUGGCGGGUCUGAGCGCGGCACCGGCGGACGCCCCGCCCAACGUCAUCAGAGCUGGCAAGUUUACCUGCAAGCAUGACUGCCGGGCUGGGGCCGUGGGGGACUUUGCUGAAUACGUCCUGCUCCAGAAUCAGCUGGCCGGGCUCCAGAAUCAGCUGGCCGGGCUCAAGAAUCAGCUGGCUGGGGUCCAGAAGCAGCUGGCUGGGCUCCAGAAGCAGAAGGCCGGGCUCCAGAAGAAGAUCGCCAGGCUCCAGAAGCAACUGGCCGGGCUCGAGGAGCAGCUGGCCGGGCUCCAGAAGCAGAAGGCUGGGCUCCAGAAGCAGAUCGCCGGGCUCCAGAAGCAGAUCGCCGGGCUCCAGAAUCAGAUGGCCGGGCUCCAGAAUCAGAUUGCCGGGCUCCAGAAUCAGAAGGCCGGGCUCCAGAAUCAGAAGGGCGGGCUCCAGCAGCAGAUAACCGGGCUCCAGAAGCAGAUAGCUGGGCUCCAGAAGCAGCAGGCCGUGCCCGCAGCCUAGGCAGUGACCGCGACCACGGCCUUGGUCGCGGGCAUGGCCUUGGUAGGCUGUUUACGCCUACUGCUAUUUAUGUUUGAAGCAGUAGGACGGAAGCAGGCUGCGGCCAGGCUCCAGCCUGCUUUAACUCUGUCCUGAUGAUCGGUCUGAUUUGUUCACCCACAUGCCCUGGACAUAAUAUAGUGUUAUACCAAAUUGUAGUUGUUGAUUUCUAUUUGCUUUAAUAUUACUGUAAUAGUAUAUAAUAUAGAUGAAUAAAUACACCAGGGGUCACCAACACGGGGCCCGCGAGAUCACCGCUGAUACCCAGGAUAUUCGUCUCCUUUUCUUUAGCUCCGAUAGAUUAACCUCCUCGCAUUGUUUACAGGCAGGAAAACAGUUGUUAUAGCCUUGCUCACAACACCAUUCCUCCCCACCAUUAUGCAUCAACGACCCGACGAUGUACCUAAAAAACUGUUGACCAAAAACAGAAUCAUUUCUUCUGUACAGAACAGGGUACAGAAAACCAAUUAAACUGUUAAAAUAUCAAUAAAUAGUUG